CUGAGCGGCCGCGGCGUGAGCGCUCCCGCCGCCUCCUCCCGCCGCGGACGUUCCCCGGUGCCGGAUACAAAAUGGCGCUGCCGUCACGGGCGGCGGCGGCGCUGCUGCUGCUGGGGCUGCUGCGCUCGGCCGCCGCCGGGUGCCCCGCGGGCUGCGCCUGCGGCGGGGACACGCUGAGCUGCGGCGGGCUGGCACUGCCCACCCUGCCCCGGGACCUGCCCCGCUGGCCGCGGCACGUAAACCUGAGCUACAACAAGUUGGCAGAGAUUGAUCCUUCUGUCUUUGCAGAGCUGUCGAACCUGCAGGAAGUGAGGCUGGACCACAAUGAGCUGAGUGCCAUUCCCUCCCUGGGAUCUGCUGCUUCCAGCGUCCGCGCCCUGCACCUGCAUCACAACAGGAUCCGCAGCAUCGAGGGCAGUGAGCUGCAGCCCUACGUUACCCUGGAAACGCUGGACCUGAGCUUCAAUGACAUCACGGAAAUCCGAAACGGCUGCUUCCCGCAGGGACUGCACAUCAAGGAGCUCUACCUGGGGAGCAACAGAAUCAGCACCCUGGAGCCUGGAGCCUUUGAUAGCCUGUCCCGGUCCCUGCUGACACUCCGGCUGAGCAGAAACAGGAUCACUCAGCUUCCUGUCAAGGCCUUCAGGCUGCCCAGGCUAAUACAGCUGGAGCUGAACCGCAAUCGCAUCCGCCUGAUUGAGGGCCUGACGUUCCAGGGGCUGGACAGCCUGGAAGUGCUGAAACUGCAGCGCAACAACAUCAGCAGACUGACUGAUGGGGCUUUCUGGGGCCUGGCCAAAAUGCAAGUUCUGCACCUGGAAUACAACAGCCUGACAGAAGUGAACAGUGGCUCUCUCUAUGGCCUUUCCUCUCUGCACCAGCUUCACCUCAGCAACAACUCCAUAUCCCGCAUCAACCCCGAUGGCUGGAGCUUCUGCCAGAAGCUGCAUGAGCUGAUACUCUCCUACAACAACCUGAGCAGGCUGGAUGAGGGAAGCCUGGCAGACCUCGGGGGACUGCACGUGCUGAGGCUGAGCCACAAUUCCAUCAAUCACAUUGCAGAAGGUGCUUUCAGGGGACUCAAAAACCUCCGUGUCCUGGAACUGGACCACAACGACAUCUCUGGCACAAUAGAAGACACCAAUGGAGCCUUUACAGGCCUGGAGAACCUGAGCAAGCUAACUCUGUUUGGAAACAAGAUCAAGUCGGUGGCCAAGAAAGCGUUCUCAGGCUUGGAGGCUCUGGAGCACCUGAACCUGGGGGACAAUGCCAUCCGCUCCAUCCAAGCCGAUGCCUUUGCCAGGAUGAGGAGCCUGCGGCAGCUCCACAUUAACAGUGACAGCUUCCUCUGUGACUGCCAGCUGAAGUGGCUGCCCCAGUGGUUGGUGGAGAAGGAGCUGCAGUCCUUUGUGGUGGCCACCUGUGCCCAUCCUGAGUCACUGAAAAGCAAGAGCAUUUUUGCCAUCCAGCCAGAGAGUUUUGUGUGUGAUGAUUUCCCCAAGCCCCAGAUCAUCAUCCAGCCCGAGACGACGGUGGCUGUCCUGGGCAAGGACAUCCGCUUCACCUGCCUGGCAGCCAGCAGCAGCAGCUCCCCCAUGGUGUUUGCCUGGAAGAAGGACAACGAGAUGCUGCACAAUGCCGAGAUCGAGAACUUCGCGCACGUGCGCGCCAAGGACGGCGAGGUGAUGGAGUGCACCACCAUCCUGCACCUGCGGCACGUCACCUUCGCGCACGAGGGCCGCUACCAGUGCGUCAUCACCAACCACUUCGGCUCCACCUACUCCAACAAGGCCAGGCUCACCGUGAAUGUGCUGCCAUCAUUUAUCAAAACUCCCCACGACAUCACGAGCCGCACGGGGACGACGGCGCGGCUGGAGUGCGCGGCCGAGGGCCACCCCGCGCCGCAGAUCGCCUGGCAGAAGGACGGCGGCACCGACUUCCCCGCGGCCCGCGAGCGCCGCAUGCACGUCAUGCCCGACGACGACGUCUUCUUCAUCACCGACGUCAAGGUGGAGGACAUGGGCGUCUACAGCUGCACAGCUCAGAACUCGGCGGGCUCCGUGCUGGCCAACGCCACCCUCACCGUGCUGGAGACACCAUCCUUGGUCCAUCCACUGGAAGAUCACGUGGUGUCCGUCGGCGAGACCGUGGCUCUCCAGUGCAAAGCCACGGGGAGCCCCCCGCCCCGCAUCACCUGGCUGAAAGGUGACCAGCCCCUGGUGGUGACAGAAAGGCACCACUUCACCUCAGGCAACCAGCUGCUGAUCGUCAGGAACGUGGUGCUGGAGGACGCGGGGAAGUACACGUGUGAGAUGUCCAACACGCUGGGCACGGAGCGCGCGCACAGCCACGUCAGCAUCCUGCAGGCGCUGGGCUGCCGCAAGGACCGCACCACCGUGGGCAUCAUCACCAUCGCCGUGGUCUGCAGCAUCGUGCUCACCUCCCUCGUCUGGGUCUGCAUCAUCUACCAGACCAGGAAGAAGAGUGAGGAGUACAGUGUCACCAACACAGAUGAGACCAUUGUGCCUCCUGAUGUGCCAAGCUACUUGUCCUCCCAGGGGACUCUCUCGGAGCGCCAGGAAGUGGCCAUUGGAGUGGACACCCAGCAGCCCAAUGGGCACAUUGACAGCAAUGGGAUGUGUCAGGCUGAUGCUGGAAGGUGUCCAGAUGUUGAAGCUCCUGCUGUAGGUUGUAGACAGCCCAAGCUGUGUAUCAGCUAUAACAAAGACACUUGGAAAACUGAGGACAUGGCCGAUGGAAUGCUUGUUCCAGAUAAGACAGGCUACGGGCUGCCCGUGGUGUGCACGGAGUGCAGCGGCAGCACGGACAGCGUGGGCACCCACCCCUACCCCAAGGACUGCCAGAGCCUAAAGACUGUGGAGAGCACCCACCCCAAUGCACUGAGCAGCAGGGAGCACCAGAGGAAGAGGGGUGCAGGCACCAGCCUUCUUCAUGCUCCGCCCUGCAAUGGCAUUGCCAGUGGCAAGAGGGUGGAGACAGACGGGACCCUCUACCCCAGCAACCACGACAGGAUACGGCCGGAGGGCGCGGCCGGCGCGCUGCUCGCGGACACGCACGGCUCUUCACAAGCAGCAGCAAAGCCUUCAGAGCUUAACAACCUUAAUUUGGUGAGAGCUUCGCCUGCAGGAGGGUCAUUAAAGCAACUGAACGUGCUUCCUGAAAUAUCCUCAGCACUACUGGAUCUGCAGGGGGAAGCAGAGCUGGAGCAGGCUCUCCUGCCCAGCAGCAGCACAGUCCAGCCCCGCGACUCCGCUCACGAGCCCAAGCUGCCCAACAGGUCUCUGGACUGAGAGCACAGACUGACUGCCACAUGCAAAUUAACAAACACACUAUUACUUUUUUUAAAUUUUUGUUUGUUUUUUUUUUUUUUGCACAGAGUAUAUAGGCUACUUACUUCUACCUCGAAUCUUGAACUGAUGGCCUGGCAAAGGCAACCAACUGAGGUAUGAGAAACAAGCUUGUAUGGGGAACAAACUCCUGUUCGAGCGUCAUCUGAUUGUACAUAGUUUAAAACUUCCCUGAGAAGUAUGAAGUGUUCAAAAGUCAACUUGCAUAUCAAGCACAUAAAUGCAAGGGAUUAUUGUGUAAAGAGAAAAAGUAUUUGAUACAAUUGUACAUAAGAGUUUUCAUAUAUAAAUAUAUAUAUAAAUAUAUAUAUAUAUCUUUUACAGAGGCUAUUUUAAUCUUUAGUGCAUGGAAAACUGAGUGAAAUUUUACAAUUUUGGCAAUAUUGUUUUCAGUAUCAGGUUGCUGUUAAACUUUGUGAGAGAAAUAAUUCUGGUGCCUUAAAUGCAUAAACAGAACUUUUAAAAGCCAGACUGUUCCAAAGGGAUUGUCCUCCUUUCAGUGGAAGUUCCUUUACACUGUGUACACCGGGGCUGGGGCAAUCCCAGGUACUGGUUGGGUGGAAAAGUGACCAGGAACAGCCCUGUGGAGAGGGAUUUGGGGGUGUUGGUGGAUCAGAGGCUGGACAUGCCCUGGCCAUGUGUGCUUACAGCCCAGAAAUCCAACCGUGUCCUGGCCUGCAUCCAGAGCAUUGUGGGCAGCAGAUUCUCCUCCUCUGCUCCACUCAGGUGAGGCCCCACCUGGGGUUCUGCACACAGUUCUGGUGCCCUCAAUGUGAGUGCUGUGUCCACUUCUGGGCCCUCAGCUUGGGGAGGACAUUGAGACAUUGGAAUGUGUCCAGAGGAGGCAACAAGGCUGGUGAAGGGCCUGGAACACAAACCCUGUGAGGAAUGACUGAGGGAGCUGGGGGAGCCUGGAGAAAAGGAGGCUCAGGGGUGAUCUUACCACUCUCUAGAGAUCCCUGAAAUGUGGCUGGAGCCAGGUGGGGAUUGGGCUCUUCUCCCAGGCAACCACUGACAGAAUUAGAGGAUACAGCCCUAAGCUGUGCCAGAGGAAGUUUAGGCUGGACAUUAGGAAAAAAUUCCUCACAGAAAGUGACUGGACAUUGGAAUGGGCUGCCCAGGGAGAUGGUGGAGUCACCGUGCCUGGAUGUGUUUAAAAAAAGACUGGAUCUGGCACUUAGCCAUGGUUUAGAUGAUAAGGUGGUGAUAGGUCAUAGGUUGGACUUGAUCAUCUCAAAGGUCUCUUCCAACCUAGUUAAUCCUGUGAUUCUGUCCCUUCCAACCCAAGACUUUCUGUGAUUCAAUUGGAUUACUUAGCACAAAUUUCCUUCCCCUUGGAAAUUUAUUGUGCUUAACACAUUUAAUAACAGAGAUCUUCAGUUGUGUUAAAUGAAAUUUAUAAAGAAAAAAAGCAGUGAGCAAUUACAUAGCAACCUGAUAUUUUCCUGUUGGUGGAAGAACUUGAAUUCCAUUAUUUUUUCAAAACUUCAUAAAAAUUAGUAUUUGAACUGUGACUGUGUGAGACUUUAGAGUGGACCACACAGGAGGCACUAAAUAACUCUUCAACAGUGUAGAGCCCCAAAACAACCAGAGGAAAAGGCUGUUUUGGCUGGGAAGAAGUUGUUACCAAAAUAAAUAACUAGUGCAGUAAACCAGGGGUGGUCUCACAACAGUGCACCUCUCAAACACGUCAUCACAGAGGUUUUACCUGCCAUGUGUGCACAGCUCUGAGCACCACAGCCCUCACCACAGGCCCUUCCCCUCCCAAAGGGACCCAGCUCUACCUGUCUGAGGUGUGUGCAGCAAUCCAGCCUUGCCCUGCUUACAAUCAAUAACCUGUGCCAGUGUCAUGCAUUUUCACACCCCAAACCCUCAUCUGUUCUGUGAGGGUUUGAAACCAUAGAGCUGUUUUGACAACAAAACUAAAAUGCACUCCUAAGGGGACAGCUGUAUCACUAAUUCAUCCAGUACUUUUUUUUUCCCUGCAACACAAUAUUACACUUUAUAGUUGAACAGCCAGACUCUGUAUAUGAAAACAUCACCUCCAAGUGAGUUCUGCUGCCUUGUGCAGCAAUUCUGGGUCAGUUAGAAAUACACUUUUUUGUAAGGUAAACUGUGGAUUCACGGUUGAACAGACUUUUCAAUGGCAAUGUCCCAAAUGUUUUUAUGUGAUCUUUCAAGUUCAUCCAUUAAUGGGGGGUAUAAAGAAAUGCCCACCUCAGUCAAACAGAUCUUUGUCACUUCUGACUUCACAAUGACGCUUUUUAUUUAUAGGAAGGUUGUUUUCUGUUGGUGUUUGUUGGUACCUGUGGAUGGAGGACUCCCAGUUCUUUGUGAUUUGAGUUCUGCUAACAUGAAGUUGCUAACUCUGGUGGUGACUACUUUGGGGCAGGUUUAUCAUGGGUGGGAGGGGGUGUUGUUACUUUUUUCCUUAGGAGCAACUCAAAUACCAGUUCCAAUGAGGCCAAGUCUGGGAGUCCACCUUUGCCAGGACUGUGGUUCAGAACAAGCAGCAGAGAUAAGGGCAGAAACACUUCAUGGUCACUUUAGAUCCAUCACUGAGGGACCUGUCCCAGUGCUGCUGCACCUGUGGGGUGUCAGGGAGUGGCUGCAAGCUGCCCCUUGGUUUUAUCACAAUCUGGUCCUAGCCAGCCUUAGCUCCUGUAAGGGAAGGACCUGGGGCUCAGGGGGAGCAGCAGCUGCCCCUGGAUGAAGCCAGGCAUAAUUCAGCCAGUACCUGUCUGUCCCAGUCCCUGACUCUUGACACGUUUGCACUUUGAGACAGGUGGCGAAUUAUGUUGAGUGCCAAGUUUAUUCAAAGCAAAGGAAAUGGAUGUUAGAAAAUUACAAACUGAGCAGAGUUUUCCCUUUGCUGAAGGGAAAAGUGCUCCAGAACUAACUCAUGGAACCAGGGACAUGGGGGAGAUGGGAAUGAUUCAAUGGGCUCGUUUUGCUGGCAGAAAUGUCAUCACCAGUGCAGAUACAAAAGCAUAUUUGCCAUGUUAACAUUGAAAAUAAUGUUUCUGGAUAAAGUUAACUGCCUAAUGUUAUGACUUCCACUAAAUAUGUGAAUUUGCUGCUUCUAAGAGGCAAUGUGAAAGAGGAAGUAUUACUUUUGUGUACAAAUUUAUUUAUUUAUUAGAGAAUUUGGUACAAUGUUGUACAUUGAAAAACAUGUAAGAUAUUGAAGUGUCUAACAAACGGCAUUGAAGUGUCUUUAAUAAAGGUUCAUUUAUAAUAUUACGGCUGAUCUGUUGAGAGUGAGCUUUUGGGAGUUUCAGUUGAAAAUUAAAUAAAAUUCUAAUCCAUUGCUA